AGGCCCGUAAAUGUGGUCCGAUUCUCGCCGAACCCCAACGACAACCUGUUGGCCGCCGGAGACGACGACUGUUUCAUCUAUAUCUGGAAACUGAUGGACGACUCGUCCGUCAAUAACACAGAGAAUGAGCUGAAAUCAGACGUGAAUUUAAUUGUUCCGAAGAAAAGCCAAGAGUUUUGUGUCAAACAUAAGGACAACAGUCAAGAAGACGACGAGAUAAUGAUUCUGGAGGAACAGUCGACAGCCAUUAAGGCUCGACCGGCCGCUGAAAACGCGGCCAAUAAUAUGGAAAACACGGCAUUCGGUGACGAAGAGAUGAUAGCGACUGAGGUCUGGAAACCACUCAAAAUACUUCGCGGACAUCUUCAGGACGUUUCGGACGUUUGUUGGUCUCCCGAUGGCCAACAACUAGUGUCCGCCUCAGUAGACAAUACGGCAAUCGUAUGGGACGUCCAUAAGGGCCAGAAGUUGCACAAAAUUGUUGAACACAAGGGCUUCGUUCAGGGCGUGGCGUGGGAUCCGAUCGGCAAAUAUUUGGCCACUUUAUCGGCGGACAGAAAUAUGCGGGUAAUCGACGCCAAAAGCGGUCGCACUGUCUAUAGAGUACACCGAAUGCGUACCGAAGAGUCCACUAAGACUUCGCGGCUCUUUUACGACGACACCCUUCGGUCGUUUUGCCGUCGGCUGACGUUCACACCGGGCGGUGAGUUCCUGAUCGCACCGUCGGGUAUAUUGGAGUUGACCGACGAGAAC